GGGUGGGUGGGUGCCGGCGGGGGAGGGCGCGCCGCUCGCCAUGGGCAUCGUCAAGCUGGCCGAGCUGAUCAAGGAGGAGGCGCCCGAGGCCGUCAGCUCCGUCCCGCUUGGCCACUACCGCGAUUGCGUGGUGGCCGUGGAUGCUUCUGUGGCCGUCUACCAGUUCCGCAUGGGUAUGCCAACGCUCUUCAACCGCCACGGGCAGAAUAUCAGUCCCUUGCAGGGGCUCUUUUACCAGACGCUGCACCUCCUGGAAAAUGGCAUCAGACCGGUCUUUGUCUUUGACGGGCGGCCCCCGGACCUCAAGCAGCCGUUGUUGGCCAAACGGGCUGCAGUCGCUUCAGCCAGGAGGGAAGCUGCAGGUUCUGCCACAGGAGGUGAUGCUUCUCAGCGGCUCCCCAGACGAGACUCAGAGACCCUUUUGGGCCACCUGGGGGUCCCCUGUGUGCAGGCUCCAGCGGAGGCAGAAGCCACUUGUGCGGCGCUGGUGAAGUCCGGGGUGGCCUGGUGCACGGCCACGGAAGACCUGGACGCGCUGCCCUUUGGGAGUCUGCGCCUUCUCCGGCAUCUGAGCGCCAAGCGGGGUGACUUGGAAGAGAUCUCCUUGCCUGUAGUUCUGCAGAAGCUGGAUAUGACUCAGGAGCAGUUUGUGGACCUCUGCAUCAUGCUGGGCUGUGAUUAUUGUGAGAAGAUCCGGGGACUUGGCCCCAAGAAGGCCCUGAAGCUGCUGCAGCAACACGGGAACAUCGAGCAGGUCCUGAAGAGCGUCAAUCCUCAGAGACACCCACGGCCUGACCACUGGCCCUUGGAGGAGACCCGCCGGCUCUUCCUGCGGCCAGAGGUGGCUGACCCGAGCCAGGUGGCGCUGGAGUGGCGGGAGCCUGACGAGGAGGGGCUGGUGCAGUUCCUUGCUCACGAGAAGCACAUGAAAGAGAGCCGCGUCCGUCAACGGAUGGAAAAGUGGCGGCAGACCCGCCUGAAAUUUGCCCAGGCCCAGCUGCCGGGCCCUGGGGCUGGGGGGAGCCGGAGGAAGCGGACGAUGGGGGAUUUCUUCCCGGUGAAGAAACGUCCACGCAAGGCCCCCGAAGCCCCGUCUUGCAGGAAGAGGCAGAAAUCCCAGGAACACUCCAAGAUGGAGCCGUGUGGACUGGAGCCAGCACCUCCCCUCCCCUCUGACGCGCAGCAGCAUCCCCAUGCCAGCACGGCCACGUGCCUGGACCCCCAAGUGCCCCAAGAGAAAGGCCCACAAGGAUGAUGCAGGGAGCGCUCUGUGACCGGAGGGGCAGCGCCCACGGGUGCUGCUGAGAGCCCCUCUGUAGAGCAUCGCAGAGCGACGGCACGCCGGGAGAGGAGCGUGUCUGUCCUCCUGCUGGGCGUGGCUGCUUCUGGGACCUCUCUUGCUCUCUUGGUCGCCUUGUUUUGGUGGUGUCUUUGGCCUUGGAGGAAACCCAGGGAGGAGGCCAGCUGAGGUGUGCUAGGGUGGCUCUUCUCCUUCCCUUUCUGCAAAAGAGAGCAGAGCCGCCAUUUCUGGGCUUGUGUGCUCUGAGUGGUCCCUGCCGGGUGUGGAGAAUGGACUCCUCCAAUGACCCCAGGGCCUCUUGGGGGUCACUAAAGUGGUUGUGGUUGGGAUGGUCAGGCUGGCUGCUGAUCCCGCACAGCCAGUGCUGCUCCUCCCGCUGACUGGGCUAGCGGCACAGGCCUUCUGGAGCCUGUCGGGCCCUCCUCCUCCUCCUCCUCCUCCUCCUCCUCCUCCUCCUCUUCUCAAAACAGCUGCCUGUUGCUUAGGAAGGUUUCUGGGCUGUGACAGGCCAAACGCCACUCUUGGUCUGGCCAGGUCAGAAGUCUAGAGCGGACCCCAGCUCCAAGCUCUGCUCUAGCCCUGACCCUCACUCCGGGUUGAUAUGGUGGGUUCUGUUGGAGAUGCAACUCCUGAUGGCAUUGACUCUUCGCACCAGCCACCCAGUUGACCACCAGGGGCGGGGCAUUAGGGGUAGAGACAGCCAGGAAGGGCGUUCCCCCUCUGACCAGGCUUUCUCUGCUCUGAUUCCCCUGAGUGGGGGUGAACAGACUUCCUACAAAAGCAAAGGAGGCAGAGCCUCCUGGCCUCUGAUUAAAAAGCCAUGUCAUGCAGGUAACUGGACCAGUGCAAAAGCUGCCUGGCAAAAAGUGACACACACACACACACACACACCCCACACCUUCCCUGAAUUCUGUGCAUACUUAGUAAAGCCAGAGUACUCUGCCGAAGCAGAGGAAGCACUGAAGUUAAAGAGCCCCUGAGACACGGAAUGCAGCCAGGGCCAAGUUCUACAUCGGUUAUGUAGAUUUGGUGCAAUACCUCCCUUGUGUUCUGUGUUUCCUCUGAAUAGCUACAGCCUCUCCAACUCCAGCACCUGCUGGCAUUCCCCCUUCUGUUCUCUCUGUCUUGUAAAGUUGUCCUGCCUUUGGAACUUAGCACAACGAAAACCCUAUCAAAAGCUCUGCUCUCCAACCCCAGUGUGUGCCUUUUGUGAGAGUUGUGGGAGUUUGCUGGCAUCCACGGCUGGCUUCUGCCCAAGAGCCUACUUGGCUGAACCGCCACUCAUGUGCUCACCUCCUUUCCCCCUGAGUGGAAUUGCUGGACUACUGAGUUUCUAAGUGGAAGCAUUGGGUUGUAGGAUCCAGAACCAUUGAGCUGAAAUCAUGCAUCUUGUGCAUUUCUUGUGUGGGUGUGCUGUGUGGAGGCCUGCCCGGGGCUGCCCUGGAUGUUCUCAGAACCCAGAGCCCUUGGGUCACUCUCGUUGGGGCCUGCCAUGGGUGGAUCCCUGUGCCCCUGAACCCCUUGACUCUAGAGCAAAAUCCUUGAGCCACUGAGGCUGGGCCAUUCCAGAUCCGCACCGCCUGCAUACUCUAGUGCGGACUGCCUGGAGAACUGAGCGCUCUGCUAGCUGUGGGUACAUGGAGUGCCCCAGGUCUUGGAAGCUGGAGUCAGGCUGGCACCUCACGGCCUCUCCUUGUCCUCCACUUUGGAAAAACCUCUGUGGUUGGGACCCUCCAAAUCCUUCCCAGUGGAAGUUACCCCUUAUGUCAUUGUACACAAGGCAGCAGAUACAGGACAUCUGCUCUGAAUUAUCUCUCUCUGUAUCUCCUAUGGAAGUCACAGUCCUUGGUAGUCCUACAAAGACCUUCUGUCCACUUUCAACACCCACCCACCUCUAGGCUACUUGAGCAGUCUUUUCUCCCCUCUUAUCUUGUCCUGGGGGCUGCCUUCACUCCCUGCCCAAUUGUGAAUGUAUCAAGAUUGCCAAAUACUGCUUUUUUUUUUUACAUUGUGCUUCUGCAUUUUAAUAAAUACACUUUAUCUCUUGUU